UUUUGUGGUGAAGAUGGCAGGCCGACCGCCGCUGGACGCGACGUCCGUGAUCGCGACCGCCAAGACCUUGAUCAUCUCCAGCAACUACCUCCAGGUCGACAGUGCGCGUGCAACGGUCUUUUCGACGCUCGAGCAGUAUGCGCAAGACACGUCCUCGAUCGGGCUCUGGCUUGCGUUCGCCGAGCUUGAGAUGGAGCUGCGGCAGUUCAAGCAAGCGACCAAGGUGUUUGAACUCGCGGUGACCAAGUGGCCUGGCAGCUUUGACCUCUGGAAGCGGUAUAUUGGCUUUUGCCUCGAGCGCGAAAAGUUUAGCAACGCCAAGAAGCUCGUGCUCCGCGCCCUCGACACGAUCCACGGCGAGACCGAGCAAGCAGCCUUGUGGAACCUCCUUGAAGCCUGCCCCGCGACGCAAGGCGACGUGGCGGUUCUUCGCAGCCAGCGCGCAGCCGACACCGCUUCUGUGUCUGCGCCGGCUGCGCCCACGACGACGUCCGCGCCAGCCGCGCCCGUGGCUGCGGCAGUGACCGCCGAGCCCGAGAUUGUCGUGCAAGUCGACGCCGCCAAGCCAACGACGCCGGACGUGCCAUAUUUCAAAGACAUUCCAAUGGCGCUGCCCGUGGUCCCCGACUGCAAGUACCUUCUCUUCGACCCUGUCGACCCGGCCGUCACAGUGCCCACGCCCGUGCUGCAGAUGCUGUCCGAGCUCCUCCGCGACAACAACGAGCAUAUCUUUAGCACCGUCUUUGACAUGGCGACCGCGCAGCGCAAGCAAGACGUGGCCACGUUGUACCGCUGGCAGGACCUAAUUUGCAUGCAAAUGAAAGAAGGCGCCGACUUGUUUCAGCGCCACCACGCCGAGAAUGAAAAGGGCGAUCCCGCGUCGCGCGAAGCCUUUUUUGCACAGCAGCGCGUCGAGUUUGCCAAGCGCUGCACCAUGGCGCAAAAGCAGUUUGUCGACAUUCAAGGCAUGACGCGCAAGACGAUGCUGUCGACGCAGCAGCGCGCGCUCCAAGAGCUCCGCAUUCCGCUCAUGGUCGUCACGACCGCCGACGAUAUGAUUGCGCAACAGCGCAAAAUGACGCAUCUGAUCCUCGAAGCGGAAGCCGUGUGGCGCACCCAGCACCCGCGGGCGACACCGACGCCGACACCGGCACCGACGCCCAAGCCGACGCCUGCACCGGCGAGCUACGACCGCUACUCGCGAGAAUCGUCGUCCAGCAGGCCCGACGAGUCGCGCUACCAUCGCCAGCCCGACGAGUCGCGGUUUCAUUCACGCCGCAAUGACCCGCCGCCCAUGCGGCACCCGUCGACGUACAACAACAAGCCGGUGCACCAUGCGCCGCGGUCCAACGACUAUGCGCGCCACGACGCACCGCGCCAAGACCCGUACGCGCGUGCCCCGGACGUGCCCCGCCAAGAGCCGGGCUACGGUCGGUCGGAUGCCUAUGGUCGCCACGACGUGCCCCGCUACAACACCAACGCCAACAACGAGUACCCGCCGCGACAGGAGAUGACGCGACAGGAGUAUGGUACCCGCACGGAUGCAUAUCCGGGUCGUCCGCAGCAGGACUAUGGCCGGUCGCAGGAGCCACCGCGGCAGCAUCAUCCUGAUGCGUACCCCCCCCGGCAGCAGCAGGAGUAUGGGCGGCAGGAGCCACCACCGGUGUACCCGCCUCGGCAGGAGUACGGGCGUCAGGAACUGCCCCGGCAACAAGAGCCGUACCGACAGGAGUAUGGCGGUCGCCAGGAACCGCCGCCCCGACAGGACUUUGGCCGGCAGGACUAUGGUCGGCAGGACUAUAAUGGCGUCGCCAAGUUUGGUGGGCCGCCGCAAGCAGAGUACCGCCAGCCACCGCAAGCAGAAUACCGCCAGCCACCGCCCGUGCAGGCGCCGUACCAGCCGCCACCGGCCUCGUACGGCGCGCCCGAGCCGUAUGCGCCACCGCAGCGGGACCCGCGCAUGAUGGCACGCGAUCCGCGGGGCGAUCCUCGGGGAGACCCUCGAGGGGACCCGCGGGGGGACCCCCGACUGGCGCCGCCGCAGCUAGGUGGCUUUCAGAGCGCGCCGCAUGCGUUGCAGCCACCGCCGUACGCGCCGCGCGGAGGACAUGGCGACCCGCGCCGGUCGCCGCCGGCUCCGUACGCCCCCCAGGGCGGCAAGUACGGAGGACGCCGCCCGGGCCCUGGCCGACGAUAGGUGUGUCCCUGUUCUCUAAACAAACUCCUCCUCCUUCCUGCCUGCACGCGUCUUGCACCCGACCGACAUUACUUCUAUACUAGCAUAAUAGGACGUCUCAGCGGUUCGUCGUCGCAGGGUUAUAUUGCUAAAUUCAAACUCGUACUACCUGCUGAGACAAUAA